AUGAUGAUAGGGAUUCUAUUACUACCUUUGUGCCUGGCACGAUCACUUAACGGAACACGGCGAUGUCUGGACGGCAAAAGUUACAUCUUUCAUGAAGUCAGCGACCGACCCACUGACACUGGUGAAUGCUGUACAGGAUUCACAAAGGAUGAAGUUGGGAAUUGUAUAGCAGAAAUUGUUCAUCAUUCAUUCCCAACGUCUGUGGUGCCACGUUUUGCUGCUGCUAUAAGUCUCAUACUGGUUGCAUGGAUAUUGAUCGUCGUUUUCUCGUUGGUGAUCGCUUAUGUAACUAUGAUGGAAAGGAAUCGGAAAAUAGCUCGUAUUCCCAGUAUGACGGAUAAACAUAAUGCAAGGAAACAACUUCUCAACAGUAACAACUGA